UUUCAAAAGUUUGGGGGACAAUAGCGUCUGCGCAGAAGGAGCAGCCGCAUUUCCCGCUGAAAGAUGGCAGGACAAUCCGUUAGAUCUGUGCUGAUGAACGCUCUGCAGAACCUGGCCCAAGAUGACCUGAAGAGGUUCAUCCAAGAGCUGUGGGUCCGCGAAUUGGAGGGGCAACCCCGCGUCCCUCGGAGCAAGGUGGAGGGCAAAGACUACAUGGAGGUAGCAAAUGUGAUGGUUUCCACUUUCACGGAGAGACACGCCAAGGACGUGGCCGUGGAGAUCCUGAACAGCAUCGGCUGCUCCGAAGAGGCGGACAAACUCGGUUUUGAGGACCUGCGAUAGACUGGUGGCCUGUCCAGAGAGUACCCUGCCCAAAGUCACCAGGGAUAGACUCCAGCCCCCCGCGGCCCUAAUGAAGGAUUAAGCAGUGUAUAGAUGAUGGAUGGGAUGAAUAAAAUCUCCUUCUUUAAAUUUG